AUGAUGCCGACUAUUUCGAGGGAUUUGAAAAAAGCGAUUCACUGUGGUGACGUUAAAGAAGUGAGGAGAUUGUUAAAAUCAUCAGCGAAAAAACCACUAAGUAAAAACCCAUUUCUUUUUGGAGGCUAUAUUUUAUUGAAACUGGCAAUUGGACUAAGAAAGAAAUCUAUCGCAAAAUUAUUAAUAAAGAAAGGUGCGCGAAUAAAUAAAAAACAUUCUAAUGGAUCAUAUUCUCCAUUACACCACGCGGUCCGCCAAAGAUACACCGACAUAGUUGAAUUACUGGUCAAAGAAGGUGCUGAAGUUAAUGAUUUUGCACCCAACAAUAUAACUUCAUUAAUUUUGACAGCAUUUCAUUCAACACCGGAAAUAGCGAAAUGUCUUUUGAAAUAUGGAGCUGAUAUCGAGGUAAAACUCGCUAAAUCUAAUUGUCCUGGAAGUACAGUGUUUAAUAUUGCUUGUAUUUACAAAAAUUUCGAGCUUGCAAAGUUACUACUGAAGCAUAAUGCCAACGUCAAUUCGAAGACUCUCUGUGAUUCUUAUCCAAUUGUCGACGCAGUAGCAUGUAAUUCAGUGGUGCUUACAAGUCUACUUUUAUAUUACGGCGCUCAAGCGAAUUGUAUGAUAAGUGAAAAAUUUAUUGAAACUUCAAUGGACAAAAGUCAUUCAGUUACGAAAAAGAUAAAGUCUCUCGGUAAUCCAACAUUGCUACACGUUGCCAUAGUCAACCAAAAAGUGGAGAUCGUUGAAUUGUUGAUAGAUUAUGGAGCUAAUAUCCACUGCAGAACAAAAUCAUUCCUAAGAACUCCAUUGAUGGUAGCCAUUGAAGAGUAUAAUCCAGAAAUAGUGAAGCUGUUAUUGGAGAAAGGCGCCAGAAUUGAUGUCUUCGAUAAAGAAGGUAUGUCACCAUUACACUAUCUAAUCUGCAAUCCAAAGAAUCUCAAUGAGCGUCUGAGUCUAGAUAUGCUAGAAGAACGUGAAGCUGAAAAGGUAGAAAUACUUGAACUUCUUAUAGAAGCUGGGGCUAAUCCUAAUGAAGUUUUAAAGCCUAUAGGUACCAAAUUAACAUUUGUGAAAACUGCUGCCACCUAUGGACAAAGAGGUAUUGUUCAAUAUUUGGCCAUGGGUAAUUAUUUGGAUUAUAGUUUCAUUGAUUAUAGCAUAGUUGAAGCGGCUAAAUUGAAUAUCAAUUUGUUCUCAAAAGAACAAAUUAAUGAUGAAGAAUUUAUGAGAAAAAUUACUCAUAUAUACGCUGAAAUAGAAUUCUGUUUAGUUAAAUAUAUUAUCAGAGGAUACUACAGCAAUCGGCCGGUAAAAGAAGAAUUGCUGGCGACUGUUCGUUCAAAACCGGUCAAUGACUUUUGGAAUCGUAGUAACUAUUUCGAUAAUGUUACAAUUGUAGAACACGAAAUAUAUCUGUGCCUUGAAUCAAUGAAGAAAGAUAAAGUAGGAGCUAGUAAUAUAACGUUUUGGCAUUUAUUAACUUCUCCGUGGGAUCGAAUGAUACACCAUGCCUGUAAUAGAGAUGUCAGAGAAUUGUGUAUCGACAAUUAUAAAGAUAAAUAUCCUCCUUAUUUUCAUAUUCUUAAAAAGCGAAUUAAUGACGCUGUCAAGAGGAGUAAACUGUUGGAAAAGUCUGCAGAGGAAGCUUUCACUCUUUUCAAAACUUUGCCAUUCACAUGUUGUCAAAAGAUUUUAAAUUAUUUUAGUGAUGAUAAUCUAGAAAAAUUUUAUAGUUUUUAUAGUUUGUGA